AAAAAUUGAUAAAUAAUACAAAAAUCAAAGAGCCGCAGCAAAUAUUUAACAAAACUUGAUUAUUCAUAUGUGAAGCAUACAUAUAUAUUUUCUACCAAAAUGGAUAUUCUAACCAACAAUCGGAAAUUGCCAAAAUACAGCAACAACAACAACAAUUUGCACAAUAAAUCAAAAUUCAAAGUGAAAAUGGCACCAAUUAGUGAAAAAAGGUCACAGCCUCCGAAUACGAAUCAAGUCAAAGAGAUCGGUCACACAAGUCAUGGCCAUGGUCAUACGCAUAUUCACACGCAUACAAAGGAGAAUGCCAGCAGUAAUGCGUCUGGCAAGAGUGCCGGUGUGAAAACGAAAGGUUUGGAAAUACUCGAUUUCCAUGAAUCAUGGCUGGAAGAAGUCGAAUUGUACAAGGAUAAAUUGUAUGUGCAAAAGAAUCUAUUGCUUUCAUCACACAAUCACGCUCAUACUCCACAUGGUUGUAAAAUCGAUGCACCCAAUCAUUAUAUCAAUAUGAAUAACAAGUAUAUGAUUAAUGUACCAACGGGUCAUAAUGAACAUAAUAAUAAUAAUAACAGCAACAACAACAAUAAUAAUAGCAACAAUAUUCUAAAUGGUACGAAUGUGAAACGUCAAAGAGGUGGCGGCACACCGAUGACUGGUCCGCCCAUAGAUCCGUCAAUAAUUAGUAAUGCCUCGCUGAAUAAGUCAAAUAGGAUUAGUAUUCGUAGUAAUACUGCGGCUCCAUUGUCGUCAUUUUCCGAUGUAAUCACACCAAUGACUGGCGUACAGUUGCUUUUAAAGCGACCACGAGAUGAGCCGGUCGGAGCGUCCAAACAAAUUACGCAUAACUCCAAACGCCAUUCCCAUCCUCACCCGCAUACACCGACAAAUGCCAGCCCCCGUCGUUCGGUAUCACCACCCAAACGUGCCGCCGGUGGCGGUAGUGGUGGUGGUGGUGGUGUCGCCAGUGGUGGAGGUGGCAAUGGUAGUAGUCUAAGUGCAAACACUAGUAAUGCCACUAAUGCUGCUGCCAUUAAUGGUGGCGCCGCUGCCCAAAGCACUGCCGACAAGUCAUACAUUGGUACAACAACCCAGAAAGCAUUAAACAAAAUCAUUGUGAAUCAAUUCCACGCUAGUAGUCUGCUUAAUCAUAAUGAUAAGAAAUCGGAGUUGCUUACGCAAAAUGGCCUUAAUAAGACGGCAGCCACUGCUUAUGAGACUAGCGUUUAUGCCUCACAAUAUAUGCCGCACGAUAAUCGCACCUAUCAUAAUCGCCAUCCAAUUGCCGAUAAUUCAUCUUAUGUGGGCGUUUCUUUAGCUAAAGGCGGUGAUGGAGAUCGCAGCAAGCAUAGCACCACACCCGAGGAUGAUCCUUGUGCUGCCAUCGACGAUGUGAACGAUUACACCGAUAGUGAUUCGGACGAAGAUUACACUGGCCAUCCAUUCUACCUCAUUAGUGAUUUAAAUGAAGUACACCAAAGUAGAAAUAUACGCUAUCUGCCCGAACAAACAAGCAAUGAUGUAACGGAAGAUAGCGAAGCUGAUACCGAAGUCAGUGAAUACUUCAAACCGGAGUGUAUAUUGUCACCAAGUAUAUUUCCGAAUGUGCCACCCUAUUUGAAUUUCUCAUCGCAUGCCGAGAAAGGUCCUGCCGUGCCGCCAACACUGCAUCGUGUGCUCAAGUGGAAACUUAGUCCCGUAAUGCCGAAAAUAGUGAAACGUGUGGUGCUCAACUCAGGUUUUCGCAUUAUCAAAAACACCACCGACUGGAUGGCCGUAUGGGAGAAACAUAUGAAAAGUCCAGGCUUUCGCACAAUACGCUCACACCAAAAGUACAAUCAUAUGCCGGGUUCAUUUCGAAUCGGUCGCAAGGAUAGCAUGUGGCGGAGCAUACAUAAUAAUAUGAAGAAAUUUGGGAAGAAGGAAUUUGGUUUUAUGCAAAAAUCUUACGUAAUGCCUGAUGAUUUGGAAAAUCUACGACAAGUCUGGCCCAAAAAUGCUUCGAGGCUGACAAAAUGGAUUGUUAAACCACCAGCAAGUGCACGCGGCACCGGUAUACGUAUUGUAAAUAAAUGGAGCCAAUUCCCAAAAGAUCGUCCGCUGGUCGUGCAAAAAUAUAUCGAGCGUCCACUACUUAUCAACGAUAGUAAAUUUGAUAUGCGUAUUUAUGUGGUACUAACAUCGAUAAAUCCCUUGCGUAUAUAUAUGUACAAAGAUGGUUUAGCGCGUUUCGCCUCAGUCAAAUACAGUUCGGAGCUGACGAGUCUCGAUGAUCGUUGCAUGCAUCUAACCAAUUAUAGCAUCAAUAAAUUCUCACAGAAUUAUUCGAAGAAUGAAGAUUUCAAUGCAUGUCAAGGCCACAAAUGGACAUUGCAAUCGCUGUGGUCCUGCUUGGAGACACGUGGCGUGAAUACAAAACGCCUGUGGGCGACACUGCGUAAUUUGGUUAUUAAAGCGAUUGUUAGCGGUGAAUCGGGCCUGAAUCGCAUGUAUCGUCAAAAUGUGAAUUUUCGUUAUAAUUGUUUUGAAUUAUUCGGUUUCGAUGUUUUGCUGGAUGAGAAUCUUGUGCCAUGGUUGUUGGAAAUCAAUAUAUCACCGUCACUGCACUCAGAACUGCCAUUGGAUUUGCAUGUGAAAGGUCCACUCAUACAGGCUGUGUUGAAUACGGCGCUGUAUCAGGUGCCACCCAAACUGAAUGAAAAGCAACAAAAAGAUAUACAGCAAGAGUUGAAUUUGACGGGUCCAUUGUGUCAUGAUAAACGCAUAUUCACCACUUGUCUCACUGCCGAAGAGGUGCGCAAACAUAAUCAAUUCACUAAUCGUUCGAUUGAGUUUCGCGAAGAAUACCUCGAACCCAUACUUGCCAAUCUACUGCCAGAUGAUGUGCGUUGUCUAAUCAUCUCCGAGGAUGAGCUUGCGCGCUGUGCGCCACUCGAACGCAUCUUCCCCACCGCCGACACACAUACCUACCUGAAAUUUGUCGAUAAUCCACGUUACUACAAUCGCCUACUGGACGCUUGGGAGACGCGCUAUGGUGAUUUCCGUUCGCAGGGUAUUGAUUUGCUGAAACGCUAUUGCGCCGAGGGCUAUCAUUUGAAUGUGUCCGAUGCGGCUUUGGAGAAGGAACCCGAUGUGGCACUAACCGAAAUCGAUAUGUUGCAUCAAAAGAAGAGCGAAAUCACACUUGUACCCGAUAAUAAUACGACCGGCGAUAGCGCACUGGCUUCCAAGGCGGGUUCACCCGAAUCGACGGCGGACACGUCCGUGCGUUCGCAACACUAGAGACACGCUUGCUGCUCAAGCUUAGCGUGUGGCAUGUUUUAUUGACAUUUGCCAAAUUCAUGUACAACACCGGAGUGGAAUUUACGCACAGAGCUACUGUGAGAGUAAGGAACUAAGACUGAACUUAGCUAUCCAACAAACAAAUAAUACCUAAUUGAAAUGUUAUAACACAAGAAACUACAAGAAAAACAACAACAACACACAUUAUUGUAUGAUUUAAUCGCAAUUGAUUAUCAAGUCAACAAAUUGAAGUCAUUGAAAUUUAGUAAAUUUAUUUUUUGGAAUAUGUAUAUCAUAGGAAACAAACGCGCUUUAUAUUAAGUACUACUACUACAACAACAACAACAUACCUUUAGUCACACUUAAAUACAACGUUUACAAUCUAGUGCAAAACACACACAGAUAAAUAAUAAUAAUAACAAAAACGAGCACAACAACAACAACAACUAGUAACAUAAUAAUGCGAAUAUAAUAAUGCUAAUAUUAAUUAUGAAUAUAUAUAAAAUUGUAUUUUGCUAAGGAUAUUUUAAAAAAAGUGUAAAUCAAAAACAGAAAAUGAAACGAAAGACUUGAAACCCAAAGGUAAGCACGAAUUUAUACAUAGAUCAGUGUAUGUAUGUAUGUAUGUAUGUAAAUGCGCGAUAAAUAAUUACUAUAAAAUAAUAAUUUUGA